CUCCGAGCCCCAUGAUUGUAAUUACAUCUAAAGUACCCCAAGCGUUCCCUUCUGGCCUUUAGCCUUCAUUGGACCCUUCUUCGCAUCCCUGCUUCCUUCCCCAUUCAGGUUCUGAUUAGAUGUUUUACAGUGCCAAGAAUUCUCGCAAACCUCACUGAGUCAUCCCUAAUAGGUCGCCGUCGAGAUCUUUCUCGUGCUAGUGAAUUGGGGAAGAAGCAUGAGUGCACGGAAGAAGACUCCGUUUCAGAAACAUAGAGAAGAAGAAGAAGCAAAGAAAAAACGAGCAGAGGAUGAAACGGCUCGUUUAUAUCAAGAGUUUGUGGAAUCAUUUCAAGCAGAUAAUACGCCUGGUUCUAAGGCAUUUGUUAGAGGAGGCUUGAUCAAUCCCAAUGAGAGGAUGAAGCCUGAUACUGAAGGUGGAAAUUCCAAAGAUGAGGUUUCUGGUUUAAAGAAGGGGAGUAGGUAUGUCCCAUCUUUCAUACCACCUCCUUUGGUUACCAAGGGUAAAGAAUUUGACAAGAAGAAGGAGGAGAAGCCAAGGGAAAAAGAAAAGGGGAAGUCAAGGAACAUUGACCAUUUUAUGGAGGAGCUGAAGCAUGAGCAGGAAAUGAGGGAAAGGCGAAACCAAGAGCGUGAACACUGGCGUGAUGCUCGCCAUGGUGAUAAUUCUGCACCAUCUAGCCGGUUCGAUGAGCUGCCAGAUGACUUUGAUCCAAGUGGAAGGCCUGGAUCAUUUGAUGAUGGAGACCCACAGACCACAAAUCUUUAUGUUGGAAAUUUGUCACCUCAGGUUGAUGAAAAUUUCCUUUUGCGGACUUUUGGAAGAUUUGGACCUAUUGCCAGUGUGAAAAUAAUGUGGCCUAGGACAGAGGAGGAGCGUAGACGCCAAAGGAACUGUGGUUUUGUAGCUUUCAUGAAUAGGCUUGAUGCACAAGCUGCAAAGGAUGAAAUGCAAGGUGUGGUAGUUUAUGAAUACGAGUUAAAGAUUGGCUGGGGUAAAUCUGUGGCUCUUCCAUCACAAGCACUUCCUGCUCCCCCUCCAGGUCAAAUGGCCAUCAGGAGUAAGGAGGUUUGGCUUUGUUUCCCAUCCCUCCCCAAUGGCAUUUUCUAUGUUUUACAGGGUGCCACUGUUAUCUUGUCUGGCCCUUCAGGUCCUCCAGUUACUACAGUGCCUAGUCAAAAUUCUGAGUUGGUUCUUACACCAAAUGUGCCUGACAUUAAUGUUAUCCCACCAGAGGAUGAUCACCUUCGCCAUGUCAUAGAUACCAUGGCUCUCUAUGUUCUUGAUGGUGGUUGUGCUUUUGAACAAGCAAUAAUGGAGCGUGGUCGUGGAAAUCCCCUAUUUGGGUUCUUGUUUGAACUUGGGUCUCAGGAGCAUACUUAUUAUGUCUGGAGGCUGUAUUCUUUUGCCCAGGGGGAUACUUUGCAACGAUGGCGAACAGAACCCUUCAUCAUGAUUACUGGUAGCGGCAGGUUUGUGCCUUUCUUCAUCUGCUUUUGGUCUCGAGACUGGGCUACUCAGGGGCAAGUGGAUUCUUCUCAAAGUUGGAUCGGUAAAAAUUCUCUCAUUGGUGGUGGACCAAGACAAAAGCUGAGGCGGGUGGAAGUUGAACUCAUAAAAUAUCGUGAAUAUUUGGAAGAGCAAGGCACAAAAAGUUCAGAGGAAAUUGAGAGAGAAGUUGAAAGCCGUCGAAGACGAUUACUAUCUGAUUGUGGAUUGUUGGAUAUGAAUGAAGAUGCUUCUGGAAGAAGGAGGUCAUCUUUGGAGAGAAAAGACAAGAGAGAUAAUUUGCAUGAACCUGUAAGGAAGCGUCGCCGCAGCCGAAGUCGAAGUAAUAGUCCUCCACGAAAAUCAUCUAUGAAAGACAGGGAUAGGGACAGUGAAAUUAACAGAGAAAGAGAGAGACGUCGAGAAAGGGAAAGACAUGGUUCAGAAAGUGAAAGGGGAAGGGAUUGUGAAAGGGACCGGGAAAAAAGUGGAAGCAGGGAGAGGGAUGAUCAUGACAGAGAAAAAAGCAGGGAAAGGAGAAGGGUGAAAUGAGUUGGUAGGUGUGAUACUGGAAAUGAUUGUUGGUUGCAAUGAAGAGGGGCUUGGUUUGCCUUGGGUUGAAAUAGGUUCCUAACAUUUGUUUGAACUUGCAGUGCUGCAUAAUGGUUCUGAUCCCAAGAUUGAGCUCUCCGAUUUCCAGGCACAAACGGGCUUUUUUUUUUUUUCCAGAAAUCUGCCUGAAUCAUUAUGUUAGUCAUUUUGGAAACUUUUAUAGCCUCAGAUUUUCAGUGAAAGAUGUUAUAUCAGUUGCGAGCCCUUUUAUAUAUUAAUUAUAUAAAAUAUGCCUUAGAAUUUUCUCCCGGUCUAGUAGAGCAUGACACAAGUACUUAGCUCAGUAAUUCUGUUUCUAUAUUGUUUCAGGCAUUAGCCUCAUCUGUCUUUCUGUCAAAAGUUUAUGGCACUAUCAAUCACUUUGA